AUGGACAAGUUGUCUAGGGGUCAGAGUUCCGAGAAUAUCGCUAGCUCGGGCAAUGUGAGCGGAGGAAGAGUCAAUCCAGGUGACGGUAUCAGUCAUGAUCCAGGUAUGGAGGUGAAGGAUAUGGAAGUCCCCGAGUGUCAGAAGGAUCAUGUAAAUGGUUCAGAUGUUCGUGAUAUUAUUGAGAAAGAGCGGCUUAAGGGCCUGAAAUAUGCCGAAUCGUGGGUCGAGUUAGAGUCCCUCCAUGAUGCAUUCCUGGGUGAAGGGGAAGCUACUAAUGGUGUUGUAGCUAUGGGUGGACUCAAUGAUAUUGCCGGUGGCGGAUUCUCAUUCCCUUAG